CUUUCUGUAAACCAACUCUUCCUGGUUGUCUGCAAUUGGAGAAAUAAACUAGUUUUAAAACCUGUGCAACGGUGGGAAAGUCUACCUUUGUGGACAGGGGAUCAGGAUGUCAACCAGAAGCGGCUGUAGCCUGGUCCUCGUCGUCGUGUUCUAUCUUUUUUUAACUGCACAAUGUAGGUUUCCUAGUCUAGACCACAUCAAACCGAAAGCCAGCGACAAAGCACAGGGGAGAGCGGUGGUCGACCUGCUGAGACGCCUGCUCGGGAACAGAUCUACGGAGUUCAUAGUGUCAGUCAACAGAAGCCUUUCCAACGACAGCCUGGAUGUGUGUGAGCUCAGGUCCACUAAAAACAAUAAGAUAGUCGCCACGGGCAGCACCGGAGUGGCCCUGGCUUCUGGCAUUUACAACUAUUUGAAAUAUUUCUGCAACUGCCAUGUUUCCUGGUCUGGUGAUCAGCUGGAUCUGCCUCGUCCUCUGCCAAAGCUUACCGGCGUCCUGCGCAUUAACACCCAACAUAGAUUCCGGUAUUACCAGAAUGUCUGCACUUUUAGCUAUUCCUCUGUAUGGUGGGACUGGCCAAGAUGGGAAAGAGAGAUCGACUGGAUGGCACUCAAUGGAAUCAAUCUGCCACUGGCUUUCACUGGCCAAGAGGCCAUGUGGCAAGAGGUUUACCGUGCUCUUGGGUUAAACCAGUCAGAGAUUGAAGAGUUCUUCUCUGGCCCGGCGUUUCUUGCCUGGAACCGUAUGGGAAACAUGUUCAAGUUUGGUGGGCCUCUUCCACAAUCCUGGCAUGUGAACCAGCUCUACCUCCAAUUUAAAAUCUUGGCGCGAAUGAGAUCAUUUGGCAUGAUUCCUGUGCUGCCAGCCUUCUCUGGGAACAUUCCCAAGGGAAUCCUCAGGUUGUAUCCAGCAGCAAAUGUAACCAGACUGGGGCCUUGGGCUCAUUUCAACUGCAGCUUCUCAUGCUCCUAUAUCUUAGACCCUCGAGACCCCCUGUUCCUCCAGAUUGGUUCCCUCUAUCUGUCCCAGGUUGUGAAGCAGUUUGGGACGGAUCACAUUUACAACACUGACACCUUCAAUGAGAUGACUCCUCCUUCCCCUGACCCCACCUACCUGUCUGCAGUCAGUCGCUCUGUCUUUGCCUCAAUGACUGCAGUUGAUCCUCAGGCAAUUUGGCUGAUGCAGGGCUGGCUGUUCUUCAGUGAUGCAGCAUUCUGGAAGCCAGCCCAGAUUCAGGCCCUAUUACACGGAGUGCCCCUCGGACGAAUGAUAGUGCUGGACCUGUUUGCAGAGACCGAGCCAAUUUUCUCCUACACCGAGUCUUUCUAUGGACAGCCGUUUAUCUGGUGCAUGCUGCAUAACUUUGGUGGUAAUAGUGGUUUCUUUGGCACAGUGGACAGCAUCAACUCUGGGCCCUUUAAGGCUUUGCAUUUCCCGAACUCCACCCUGGUGGGCAUAGGCAUGACACCUGAGGGCAUUGAGCAAAAUUCUGUGAUGUAUGAGUUGAUGAGCGAGCUGGCUUGGCGUAAAGAGCCAGUCAACUUGUCCAAGUGGGUAUCACUGUAUGCAAUACGCCGUUACGGAAGCACACAAGAGAACCUGACAGCUGCAUGGCGGCUUCUGUUCGCGAGUGUCUAUAACUGCACCAUACCACAUUACCGAAACCACAACCAUAGCCCACUGGUGCGCAGGCCCUCCUUUCAUAUGAAUUCUGGCCUUUGGUAUGACCCAGCUGACUUGUAUAAGGCCUGGAAACUUAUUAUAGAGGUGGCUCCUUCUCUCAUGUCUAAGGAGACCUUCCGGUACGACCUUGUGGAUGUGACUCGGCAAGUCCUACAAGUACUGACAACAUCCUUUUACCAAGAUAUUGCAGAUGCCUUCCAGAACCAAAAGCUGCCAGAGCUGCUGACUGCAGGCGGCGUGCUGAUCUAUGACCUCCUGCCUGAGCUCAAUCGUUUGCUGAAUAGCAACCGCAAUUUCCUGUUGGGGAUGUGGCUGGAGCAGGCACGAUCCUCAGCCCUGGAUGAAAAGGAGGCACAGCUCUAUGACAUGAAUGCCAGAAACCAGCUCACACUGUGGGGUCCCAGUGGUGAGAUCUUGGACUACGCCAGUAAAGAGUGGGGAGGCCUCAUGGAGGACUACUACGCCCAGCGCUGGGGACUGUUUGUCCACAUGCUAGUAGAGUGUCUGGACAGUGGACAACCAUUCAAGCAGGACGCCUUUAACCAGGCAGUUUUUCAAGUAGAAAAAGGAUUCAUUUACAACGGGAGAAGGUACCCAACCAAACCUCAGGGAGACACAUACAAGAUUGCCCACAGGAUCUUUCUCAAGUACUACCCACAGGCCUUAAAGAGACUAUAGUGAGCAGAGGCUACAUUGUUGAAAAAACUUGUCUCAUGUUACAGCAAGAAGAAUGUCUUACUCCACCUCCAGUUUUACAUGGCUAUCCCAAAACAUUUUGAUGUAGAAAACAGCCUGAGUUUACAGGAACAAUCUGUUAUGUACGUUGUAAAAUCAUUGUAGGAGAAGAAAAAGUAUCUCCUUACAUUCACACAGAUCAAAUAUACAGUCAUGCCUUAUAAAAAAGGAGAAGGAGGGGAGAAAAUUGAGGCGUGCCUUACAGAUGACUGUUUGAAGGGGCUUUAGUGUGUGUGGUGUACGCAUCUGUUGAUACUAUUUUUGAUUAAAAA